AUGUACAGCUUCAUGGGAGGUGGGUUGUUCUGCGCCGGAGUCGGGAACAUACUCCUCAUCGUCUCCACGGCAACUGACUACUGGAUGCAGUACCGUCACUCCAGCAAUUACAUGCACCAGGGCCUGUGGCGGUACUGUGUGCCGGGGAAAUGCAUGACACACACAGACAGCAUUGCGUACUGGGACGCCACCCGGGCCUUCAUGAUUCUCUCCCUGCUGGCUUGCUUCAUCGGCAUCGUGAUCGGGGUCAUGGCCUUCAUCCACUACUCCUCCUUCGACGGGUUUGACAAGACAUUUGCAGCCGGCAUCCUCUUCUUCAUCUCCUGCUUCUUUGUGUUGCUGGCCAUGGCAGUCUACACUGGAGUGACGGUGAACUACUAUGGUAAACGCUAUGGCAGCUGGCGGUUCUCCUGGUCCUAUAUAAUGGGCUGGGUGGCAGUGGUGCUCACAUUCUUCUCAGGUAUCUUCUACAUGUGUGCAUACAGGAUGCAUGAAUGCCCAAGAAACUCUAACUCACGCUGA